UUUUAUCAAAUGACUAAUUACUGUUAUCACUUCAGUGCUCUCAUAUUUUCUCAAGAAUCCACUACAUUUUAUGGUGGGUGAAUAUGACUUCAAUUGCAGAAAAACCACCACUUGACUAAUGAGUCAAUCUUUUUUUCUAAAUAUUUUCUUUCCACCAAAAAUUAUGCCAAUGGAGGAGAGACCCCACCAAAAUGGUAGAAGUAUACCUAACCAUCACACAUGGCCAAUGCAGGCCACCCUAGCCGGCAGCCACCACUGGUAUAUAAAUAAAGACUUCCCUUUCCACAUAUCAGCAACCAACACCAACAUCUUCUCACAAUAACCACAUCACUGUCAUGGGUGUAUUUACUCAGGUUUAUGACACCCCUGCUGCUGUGCCUCCUGCUAGGCUUUUCAAAGCCAUGACCUUGGAUUUCCAUAACCUCUUCCCAAAGCUUGUGGAUAGCAUCCACAGUAUUGAAUUCACCCAAGGAAAUGGUGCUCCUGGCACCAUCAAGAAGAUCACCACCAUUGAAGGUGAAGAAAGCAAGUAUGUGCUGCACAGAGUUGAUGCAAUCGAUGAGGGUAGCUUUGUGUACAACUUCAGCAUAAUUGAUGGCAGUGGCUUGCCUGAGACAUUGGAGAAGAUCUCAUUCGAGAGCCAACUGGUAGAAGGCUCCAAUGGAGGAACAAUUAGGAAGGUGCAUGCCAAAUAUUUCACAAAAGGUGAAGCUGUUCUUACUGAGGAGGAACUGAAGGCUAACCAAACCAAGAUCCAAGGUCUUGUGAAGCUCGUUGAAGGCUAUCUUCUGGCAAAUCCUCAUUACUGAACCUCUUUGCAGUAAACCAUUCAACCCUUCAUGGAUAUCUGCAUGCAGACUCACCAAUAAAUUAAUAAUAUUUUUUUAAACUUUAUAGUAUUAUAGUUAAAAAUCCAUGUUGAGCGGAGA